GCCGGCGGCCGGGCUGCCCGCGGCUGCCGCCGACCAUGGACCGGCAGAGCGUGCUGGACCAGCUCCUCCCAGAGCUCAGCAUCUUGCUCAAACUGCUGGACCAUGAGUACCUGAGCUCCACGACGCAGGAGAAGAAGCUGGCUGUCUCCACCAUCCUGCAGAAGCUGCAGCCGCCCCCAGGGAAGGACGUGGACUACCUGUACGUGAACACGGCGUCCCUGAACAAUGGCACCAGCUUCGUGGAGUCUCUCUUCGAGGAGUUCGACUGUGACCUACGAGAUCUCCAGGACAUGCAGGAGGAUGGGGACGAUGCCAGUGACGGCAUUGGCUUGGAGCUUGCAAGGAGCCAGCCAGAAAAAAAUGUUGCCGUGGAUCCUCCUCCACCACUGCCUACCACUCCUCCACCUGAAGAUUACUAUGAGGAAGCCCUGCCUCUGGGCCCAGGCAAGGCCCCAGAGUACAUCACAUCCCGCAACAGCUCCAGCCCCCCUAACUCAAUCGAAGAUGGAUAUUAUGAGGAUGCAGACAGCAACUACCCAGUGACCAGAAUGAACGGGGAGCAAAAAAACUCCUACAAUGACUCGGAUGCAAUGAGCAGCUCUUACGAGUCGUAUGACGAGGAGGAGGAGGAUGGGAAGGGCCAGCAGCUGACACACCAGUGGCCAUCAGAGGAAGCCUCCAUGAACCUGGUGAAGGACUGUAGGAUUUGUGCUUUCCUGUUGCGUAAGAAGCGCUUCGGACAAUGGGCCAAGCAGCUCACCAUCAUACGGGACAACAAACUGCUGUGCUACAAAAGCUCCAAAGACCGGCAGCCACAUGUGGAAGUGCCUCUGGGCACCUGCAAUGUCAUCUACGUCCCCAAGGAUGGGCGGCGCAAGAAGCACGAGCUGCGUUUCUCACUGCCGGGGGCCGAGGCGCUGGUGCUGGCCGUGCAGAGCAAGGAGCAGGCUGAGGAGUGGAUGAAGGUGAUCAAGGAGGCGAGCAGCGCGGGAGCGGAUGGAGUGGAAGCCCCCACGUCCCCAGUGAUGCUGCGCAAGAUGGACUUGGACAAGCGGCUGUCGCAGGAGAAGCACACUUCUGACUCGGACAGCAUGGCAACAGGCGAGACCGGCUCUCCCACAGCUCGCAGGGAGCCCUGUGAGCACGGGAAAGGCAAGAAGAGUGGCUUGGCUGACCUGAAGGGCUCCAUGAGCCGGGCAGCAGGGAGGAAGAUCACCAGGAUCAUCAGCUUCUCCAAGAAGAAGCCUUCCCCCGAGGACACGCAGACCUCCUCCACUGAGGAGGACAUCCCCUGCUGUGGUUACCUCAAUGUCCUGGUUAACCAGUGCUGGAAGGAGCGCUGGUGUUGCCUGAAGGGCAACACUCUGUACUUCCACAAGGACCGCACGGAUUUACGGACUCACGUGAACGCCAUCGUCCUCCGGGGCUGUGAAGUGGUUCCAGGACUGGGCCCAAAACACCCCUUCGCUUUCCGCAUCCUUCGCAACGGGCAGGAGGUGUCCGCGCUGGAGGCAAGCUGCUCAGAAGAUCUGGGCCGUUGGCUGGGCCUCCUCUUGGUGGAGACUGGCUCCCAGACAGCUCCCGAGGCCUUGCACUAUGACUAUGUGGACGUGGAGACGAUCGCCAACAUCGUGACGGCUGUGAGGCACUCCUAUCUGUGGGCCAGCUCCUCCCAGGACAGCCGAAUGGACUCCUCACGCGUGGUUUAUGAUGACGUCCCGUACGAGAAAGUUCAGGCAGAGGAGCAGCCAGCCCGGCCGGCUGGAGCCCAGGUGAAGCGCCACGCCUCCUCCUGCAGCGAGAAGUCACGGCGAGUGGACCCACAAGUCAAAGUGAAGAGGCACGCGUCAAACGCCAACCAGUACAGGUACGGGAAGAACCGGGCAGAGGAGGAUGCCAGGAGGUUUCUGACGGAGAAAGAGAAGCUGGAGAAGGAGAAAGCAGCGAUCCGCAGUGAGCUGGUGUUGCUGCGGAAGGAGAAGAGGGAGCUGCGGGAAGCCGCGAAGGGCAGCACGGGGCAGAAGCUGCAGGAGCUGGAGCAGCGCGUGGCGGAGCUGGAGGAGCAGUGCCGGCGCAAGGAGCAGCGCCGCGUCGACCUGGAGCUCAGGCUGAGCGAAGUGAAGGAGCGGCUGAAGCAGUCGCUGGCGGGCGGGCCGGCCCUGGGGCUCGCCGUCACCGGCAAGGCCGAGAACGGGGAAGCAGCCAGCAAGCCCAGCGGGAGCCCCCCUGAGCACAUGGUCCCUGUUAACUGCGCAGCUGAAAUGAGGAAGAGGAGUCCGUCCAUCCUCCCUGCCAACAAGGGGAACGUGCUGCGGAAGGCCAAGGAAUGGGAGAAGAAGCAGACCUAAGCCAGGCUGCGGGAACGCCGGGCCGCAGCACCCCGCCGGACCCGGACUCGCUGAGGAGCCACGAGCCCCCCCUCUCUCUGAGGAGCUCGGAGGGUGCUAGGACGGGGGUGCGGGAGGGGGAUUU